CUUAUCAGGUCUUGACACCAUACUUUGAGUAUUUAUACCGAGCACGUAGAUUAAGUCACCAGUGUAAGUUCUAUACAAAAGUCAUGAGGAUUUAUCAACUCUUAGCAGUGAUCGCCCUUGCAGGGUUUGCAGCAGCUAAUGUGAGGAGGCAGGCAGCUACAUGUACCACUGCUGCUGACUGCACAUGCGCAGAUAACCAGGUAGCUGACUGCCACCAUGGACACUGUGCUUGUCACCAUGACGGCGGCCAUCACCCACGAGCCCUCUGCCAUAAUGGACACCAAUGUGUAUGUCCUGACGGACAGAACGGCGUGUGUAACGACCAAGGACACUGUGAAUGUGGAAGCCACGGACGUAGACAGGCAGCUCAGUGCACCACUGCUGCUGACUGCACAUGCGCAGAUAACCAGGUAGCUGACUGUCACCAUGGACACUGUGCUUGUCACCAUGACGGCGGCCAUCACCCACGAGCCCUCUGCCAUAAUGGACACCAAUGUGUAUGUCCUGACGGUCAGAACGGCGUGUGUAACGACCAAGGACACUGUGAAUGUGGAAGCCACGGACGUAGACAGGCAGCUCAGUGCACCACUGCUGCUGACUGCACAUGCGCAGAUAACCAGGUCGCUGACUGUCACCAUGGACAUUGUGCUUGUCACCAUGACGGCGGCCAUCACCCACGAGCUCUCUGCCACAACGGACACCAAUGUGUAUGUCCUGACGGACAGAACGGCGUGUGUAACGACCAAGGUCACUGUGAAUGUGGAAGCCACGGCCGUAGACAGGCAGCUCAGUGUACCACUGCUGCUGACUGCACAUGCGCAGAUAACCAGGUAGCUGACUGUCACCAUGGACACUGUGCUUGUCACCAUGACGGCGGCCAUCACCCACGAGCCGCCUGCCAUAACGGACACCAGUGUACCUGUCCUACAGGACAGAUCGGCGUGUGUAACGACCAAGGUCACUGUGAAUGUGGAGACCAUGUUGGCCGUAGACAGGCAGCUCAGUGCACCACUGCUGCUGACUGCACCUGCGCAGACAACCAGGUCGCUGACUGUCACCAUGGACAUUGUGCUUGUCACCAUGACGGCGGCCAUCACCCCCGUAGACAGGCAGCUCAGUGCACCACUGCUGCUGACUGCACCUGCGCAGACAACCAGGUCGCUGACUGUCACCAUGGACAUUGUGCUUGUCACCAUGACGGCGGCCAUCACCCACGAAGACAAUUAGACCAGUGUACGACCGCUGCUGACUGCUCAUGCGCCAGUAACCAGGUAGCAGAAUGUCACCAUGGACACUGCACUUGUCACCAUGACAGCGGCCAUCACCCACGUCUUCGUCAGACCACGUCAUGCACCGUUGCUGAUGACUGCACCUGCACUGGUGAACAUGAGGUAGCUUCCUGUGACAACAACCUGUGUCACUGUCACCAUGACGGUCACCAUAACAACGAGGGAAACCACCACCCGCCCCAUCACCCACGUGCCGUUUUCUGUAACAAUAACGCCGAUUGCUCAGCCCACUGUGAUCCCCAUAACGGAAACUGUAUCAACAACGCUUGUCACUGCAGCCACCAUCGUAGACAGGUAGCUCAGUGUACCACUGCUGCAGACUGCACAUGCGCAGGCGAUCAGGUCCCCGACUGUCACCAUGGACACUGUGUUUGUCACCAUGACCACGAUCAUCAUCUACGUCUUCGUCAGACCACGUCAUGCACCGUUGCUGAUGACUGCACCUGCACUGGUGCACAUGAGGUUGCUUCCUGUGACAACAGCCUGUGUCACUGUCACCACGACGGUCACCAUAACAACGAGGGUAACCACCACCCGCCCCAUCACCCACGUGCCGUUUUCUGUAACAAUAACGCCGAUUGCUCCGCCCACUGUGAUCCCCAUAACGGAAACUGUAUCAACAACGCUUGUCACUGCAGCCACCAUCGUAGACAGGUAGCUCAGUGUACCACUGCUGCAGACUGCACAUGCGCAGAUACUCAGGUCCCCGACUGUCCCCAUGGACACUGUGUUUGUCACCAUGACCACGAUCAUCAUCCUAAUUUCAGACGAGCUCUCUGCCAUAACGGACACCAGUGUACCUGUCCCACAGGACAUAACGGCGUGUGUAAUGACCAAGGUCACUGUGAGUGUGGAGACCACGGACAGGUAGCUCAGUGUACCACUGCUGCUGACUGCACAUGUGCAGAUAACCAGGUGGCAGACUGUCCCCAUGGACACUGUGUUUGUCAUCAUGACCAUCAUCAUCCAUAGUGUAUUAACAACAUU